AAAAAGAAGACGACGACGAAGAAGAAGUCAGUAUCCGGGCUGUUAGUGGUAGCCAUGCCACCUAACUAGGAAGCUAUAAAAACAAACAUUUAUUUUCGAAGGUAGCGUGAGAAAGACGAGACCCAGACUACGGCGGUGGAUGUCACUGUGAGGUGACAUCAUGCUCCUGGAGCUCACAGCAGCUGAAGAUCGACAAGUUUGACCGAGAAGCCGCAGUCAGUGCUGCCGUCAUGGGAACGACGAUGAGCGAGCCGUGUAUCUACGACAAACUGUCCGAGAGCAUUGACAUCCUCCGCCAAUCAGGCUACCGCUAUGGCAUGUCGGAGAGGGAGAUCGAGAGGUUCAUCAAGCAGGUUCUGGAGACCAACGAGCCCAGGAGAGAACCUCCCCAGUUCCCCAUCCUGAGAGCCACCAUAAAGUUUGUGGUGGCAGUGGGCUUCCUGCUGGUGGUGGUGCUGGCUUUCACAUACCCUCAGAGUGCCACCCAGCUGGGUCUGGUCAACCUGGGCUGCUACAACUGGUCGUCCCCGCUCAGCCACGUCCGCCUGCUGUCCUUGCCCAUUGCUAAGAAGUACAACCUGCAAGGUUUCCACGAAUGGUGGAGUGCCGGCUCUCUCAGGCAGAAUCUGGUCAACUGCUCGAGCUGUGCAGAGAUCUCCUCGGUGCUUGAAGUCCCAGAGAGCCUCAGAGGGACGGUGACUCUGCGACGGGGGCCGCAGCUGGUCUUGCUGAAGGGUGGGGAGUCUCUCAGCGUCCAGCGGCAGCAGCUUGAGGAGCUCUACUUGGCCCAUUCAGGCUCCAUGUCCAUUCUGCUGGAGGAGGACGACGGUCUGCAGAACCACAACCUAGGACUCCCCCAAGGACCCGCCAACUUCACACUGCUCUGGAGGUUCAGCUCUGGGACCAGGGAGAAGGUGCUGAGGUGGCUCUUCCCGAAGGCUGAGCUCCGCCCGCUGCUGGACAGUGCUGGGACCAUCGUGCAGCGCUGCCUCGUCACCCACAGCACAAACUCCCAGAGUAAGGGUGUCGGGGUGUUUGGCUUGCUGGUGGUGGGCGAGGGUUUACCGACCGUCCGAGUUCUGCCUGUUCAGCACUGUCAGAAACACUGCAGCUCCUUCAACCUGUGGCUGACACCUGGAGACAUGGUGUACGCCGACCCUCGGUACUGGCAGAUGGAGCUGUUUCCCGGCCGAGGCCAGAACAUCAUCUGUGACGGAUCGGCCUUUUAAACCUUCAGGUGUAGUGAAGUGAAGGAGGACAGAGUUCAGGAUGUGCAGAUCGGCUGUGAAUGUCCAAUUUGCGGAGCUCGUUGGCCUUUCUGUGGCCCCGCCACACUGAUGCCUUAUAACCCUCCGGCCUUUUUUCUGACGCCUCCCUCCGUCCAGUAAUUGUCAGAGAAGUGGAAACCACUGCACACGUGACUUCAGUUUGGAAUGAAGGGAUCUCCUGCAGGUUUUAAAGGGUGGAGGUCAGAGGAUGGAGAAGUGACUUUGUGACUUUGUCCUCGUGUAAAACAACAGAGUCUUUAAGCAGCUCUCAGAUGUUCUGGAUGUGCUGUGCUCGUGCCAUAGCUUCAAGCAGAUCUAUAGCAAUUAAAAGAUAAAAUAAAUUCAUGAAGUCACUGGGUGUCUCUCUCUGUCAGAAGGUAGUGAAACACUGUCGAGUACGUCGGCGUCACACUGGUUCCAGACGUGUGAAUCACGGCCCACAUCUCUGGUGUUGUGCUCAUUUUCAGCAGGGACACUGUCUCUUUUUUGGACCAGAGUCAAUAAAAUGUCUUCUAGCUGGGUAAAAUGUUUGCAGCUGUACAUGUUGACGCAAGUAGAAUAACAAGUCUUCGUCAAUCAGCAUGUCAGACUUUAAGUUAACCUUCCUCCUUCCUCCCGACUGAAGACAAACAACUUUCAGUGUGAUCAUCAGGGAACCUGCAGUUGUUAUAAUUACUGUACACUCACAUGGUGCAUAAUCUACUCGCAUUUAAUCAUCUUAUAACCAAACUAAGUUUAGGAUCACAGGGAGCUCCAGUCAGUGAGCAUUCUGGGAACUCUUUAGGAAUUUAAUAGUGUCUGGACUUGCUGGAUGUUCACUACCUCCUGUAUUUCUGAGACACACCUGCAGCUUCAACUCUUCUGCUCUUUAUCUGGUUCUUUUCUCGAUGUUAAAGGGUCAGUUCAUCCAACUUACAAAAACAACAGUCUUCUGUGCGGUGGUAAUUAGAACACACUGUCAGCUAGGGCUGUCGAAUCAGAUUUGCUUGUUAAAUACAAAUAUUUGAGAAUUCUUUUUUUGUUGUUGUUUUUUACAUAAAGUUUUAAAGUUUAAACGUACUCAGUAGGACACUCAGAGUGACAGCGGCAUUCAUCAUAAUAUAGUAAACAAGCUCACUGCACUAACAACGGAUCGGAAAUGUGCAUUCAUUUUUGGCGACACUCAGUACCAAUCAAAGGCCAUAGACUGUGUUGUAGUUGGUUGGGUAGGGCUGCUACAUCAUGUCCGCAGCUCUCUGUAUCAAAGAGUAGUAUGAAAGCCAAAAAACAAGAACGACAGCUUGACUUGAAGCCGUCUCCGUCGACCGCGGGGUCUCCGAGUGAUGAUUCGAAUCUCCAACUUUGAGGGGACAGCCCUACUGUUAACAGUUCACACUGGAACUUAAUUGGAAUUUUUCUAACUUAUGUAUUCUGAUUAUUUUCUGUGACUGUACUAAUACUGUUAGUAUUUAGGCCUGUUUGUACCAAACUUAAACUUUUUUCAGCAUGUAAAAUAAAAUGAUAGAUAAAAAUAUAAAUCACACAUUUAACUCAUUGAGAUUUUACAUUAGCCUUACUGUUGACACUGCUACUCAGUAAUUUACAAAAACAAUUGUGACAUUCAAAAGUAGCUUUAUGUGUAUUUAUUUUAACGGUGACAUUUUAAAUACUGCUCACUCUGUGCCAGCUUUUAAAUAUACAAGCAUCAGCUGAGAAUUUCGAUUUGGCAUCAAGAUAACGAACUACAGCUGAGUAUAUUUAACAGCGAAGUUGAAGGUCGGAGACAAACCCUUUAAAUGAAUAUUUCGCAGUUUGGUGAGACAUUAAUAAUCUAAGUUAAAGUUAAACUCAGCAGGAAUAUAUAUUGCAAAAAUGGAAUAUAAUAUUCGUAACUAUUUUCGAUAGUUUAUAAUCACCUGAAACUAGAGGAAGAAUUCUGUUUUCAUACCUUAGAAUGAGCAAUGAGAAUCAAACGCUGGCUCUAGAGAGGGACAUUUGCAUUUUAGGGUUCGUCACCGUAGUUCUACACACUUGGCACAUAGGAGCUUCAGUUAGUUGCAAUCUACAACCUCACCACUAGAUGUCACUAAAUCAGACACACCAGACCUUUUAAAAACUGCAGUCUUUUAAUUGUGAUUUGAUUUUAAAGCCAUUCAAAGCUGGAACACAUCCUCACUAGGUUAAGAAUCUGGCGAUGCGAUAUGAAUUACGAUACAGGGGUUACAAUAUUGUGAUUUCUGAACAAUUACAAUUAUAAUUUCUUAACAAAUAUAAUCAUA